CUCUCUACACGGAUAUGAACCUCCCUCUAACCUACGAUUUAUUGUCUUCAUCACAUUCCUGGCGUCGGCCCUUCUGCAUCCCCAUGGCUCGUGUCUUCGUCUACGGCACCCUGAAGAAGGGCCAGCCCAACAACUACCGCAUGUUUGACGUCGCCAACGGGAAGGCGGCAUUCCUGGCCUCGGCCUGCACCGUGCAGAAACACCCGCUGGUGAUCGCCGGCAAGUACAACAUCCCUUUUCUCCUCAACGUGCCGGGUCAGGGUCACCGGGUCAAGGGAGAGAUCUACAAAGUGGACGAUAAGAUGCUGAAGUUCCUGGACGCGUUUGAAAGCGUUCCCACAAUGUACCAGCGGACUGAGGUCAAACUGGAGGUGGAGGAGUGGGUCGGGGGAGAGGAGAAGCUGACGGCGGGAAGCAUCACUGAAGCGUUUAUUUACAGCACGACUUCGUACAAGAAGGAGUGGCUUUCACAGCGCUGCUACGAGAGCUACGACUCGUGUGGAGAUCACGGGUUGGAGUAUCACACUAGAGAAACACAGGACUGAUGUCCUCAUAUAUCCAGAGCAGAUCUGGAGUCAAAAGCAAACAAAAUACACUAUGUUUUCCUCUCUUCUACCUCUGUGAAUCAAGAAAAUCUCUGCUAUCUCUAUGUUUACUUUCACUACUUUAUGACCUAAUAUCAGCUGACAAUCAUUACAACGUUCCAAAAAACCACCAGAUUUUUAGUUGCUCAUCAUGUACCGUAGUGCAGAAACACAGACUCAAUUGACCUAACCUCAACACAUGCACUUUCCUGUUGCCGAUAUAACCUUUUUGAUUGCAUUAAUACAAAUUAAAACACAGAAUAAACUCUAUUGUGUUGGAUGUAACUCCUUUUGCAGCACUAUUGGUGUCACUCAUUGUGAAUUCCGUUUAAAAAGGGCAUACAUCGUGUUUGUUUUACACUUCAAUUUAACCAGAAUUAAUUAAUACUUUGGUAUUUAUUACAUAAAAGUGACUCCUAAAACA